CUGUUAUGCCUCCCCAGUUAUUUAUUCCUGAUGGCUUAGUGAGAUACGUGCCUGACCACAGACCGACCGACCACCCUGGACAGGCCUCAGAGAAGAGCCUUGUUGUUCCUAAGUGGAUUUUCCAGGCAGUCAGCUACUAGACUGGGAGCCAAAUUUACUUGACUGGUUUUAGUCAUCUCCAGUUGGUAGAGAGACCUCAGAUCUGAUCUGGUCAUGGCAGGACUCACAGUUCUCUUUCGCUUCCUCUACAUGGGCUUUCUGAGGGACAGGGGGAGACAGCAGGGGAGACCGCAGGGGAGACUGGCGCUAACGGACCAAAGUCAAACUUCUGAAGAGAAUGGGUUUCAUCGAAAUGAGGAGAUGAAGGCCGUAGACGUUCUGCCCAUCCUUAAAGAAAAGGUUGCCUUCAUAUCAGGUGGCCGAGAUAGACGUGGGGGUCCCGUCCUUACGUUCCCAGCCAGGCAGUAACCAUUGACCAGAAU